CUAACAAGCGCUCUCGCGUGCAUUUUUUUUUUUUUUUUUUUUUUUUUUUUUUUGCAUAAUUGUUGUCUAUUUGUGUGAAUUGAAUAAGGAGGCAUUAUAUUAAUACAUUAUCAUGUGUCAUCUUAGUUAAAUUAUUAGCUUGCAAAUCAUGAUGAUAGUUAAAAUAUCAUCAUCGAAUUUUCGUUACGAUGAGAUAGUAAGAUAUAUAAUUAAAACAUAUAAUUAAUUACAGAUUAAUCAAGAGAUUACCAAUAUAUCUUAGUAUUACUUUGUUUGCUAAGUAAGAAGAAAUUCGCCAAAUAACACGUACCUUAGAUAAAUAACAAUAUACACUAUCAAUUAUAAUGAGACUAUAAUUCAUACAUAGACCGUCCUCGAUAUUUAAAAACAUAUAUUCUAAAUGAAUCAUUUUUUUCUUUUUUUUUUUUUUUUGUGGCAAGAAUCGAAGUUGAAAACUCGAAUCUCACCGAUUUUUUUCACUUUCAUUUUUUUUUUUAUUACUCCUUUGAGUAAAAACAUUAAUAAUGUUAAUAAAGUGCUCUUAUUUAAAAUCUGCACGUUAAUAUACAUUACAUUCGGCAUGGAGAUUCUUUCUCAAUAUUGAGGGGAGGAAUUACAAGGAAUUAUAAAUAUACAUUGGAAGAUUAUUCUUUCAUCGAGUUAUCCAGUUCGUCUCGAACGAAAAAGCAAGUUAACAACGAGAAGUUCGUGAAAAUAAUUCUCGAACGUUGCCAAAAAUACAUUUGAAUAUUCUCCAAACUUCGAUGUUCUUUGUAUACGUGAAAAAUCAAAAAGGGCAAUCUCCCCCCUCUCUAUGUUUAACGCACGAUCGAGUGAAAUUAUCCUCUAAUCGUCAUGUACACGUUCGUUUGUUAGAGGCAUGGAACUCCUCACCAGCAGGUACGAUCGGAACGAAUCGCAUUCCUAAUGACAUUUGGAGGAUAACGGCGAUUGCAGUAGUGAUCAUGACGUAUAACAUUGAAGACUGACAUUGAAUAAUUAUCAGGACGUAAUAACAUUGUAUGUGUAUGUGUGUAUGUGUAUGGUUUUUUUUACUAAAUAUAUAUUUCCCCGAAGGAAAACUCGAAAAUUUGUAAUUUUAAUGAAAGUUUGCUUUAUUAGAAGGAAAAUAUUUCUCUAGAUAAAGAGACUUACAGCGAUGCUAUGUCUCCUUAAAGUUUGGAAAGCAAACGGAAAGGUUCCCUACACAUGUGCAACAUGCCAAAAUUAUCCAAAACACUGAAUCACAGCUUUGAAUUACGCAUUCUUAGAAACUCUUCCCCUCCUUGCAUUUACAUACGUUCAUCGGAUGGUAUUUCUGGACGAGAGUAGUCAGUAAAUGUGACGUAAACAUUGUGGGAGUAUCCGAAAAUUCGGAUCUCAUUUCUCUUCUUUUCUCGCUCCGUAGGCGUUGAAGAUAUAUUUCGAGGGUGUGCCUAUUUAAGCUUCUCGCGUUUGUGCAAUUGAAUCAGUCGAAAUUCGUAUUCCUGAACCGUGUAUACCUUCUCUCUGGUCUAGUUCUUUAACGAGAGGAAAACAAAAGAAAUAUUUAAAGAUGUCAGUCGUGCCUCUGAUAUUUCGCGAUUGGUGGGACGAUUUCGAACGACCGGUGUCCCGAUUGAUGGACCAACACUUCGGCAGAGGACUGAAUCGAGACGACUUGUUAUCACGGUUUUCCGAUAUCAGUUUCGAUAGACCUCUACGAUCGAUAUUUCGCGAUAGGUACUAUCGUCCGUGGAGAAAUGUGACAUGUCAACCCUCGAGCGGAUCCAGCACGAUUCAACUCGACAAUAAGAACAACUUCCAGGUAAUACUGGACGUUCAACAAUUCUCACCGGAAGAGAUUACGGUGAAGACGGUCGGUAAUAAUGUUAUUGUCGAAGCAAAACACGAGGAGAGACAAGACGAGCACGGAUUUGUCAGCCGACAAUUCAUACGGAGAUACGUCUUGCCUCCAUCUCACGACGUGAUCAACAUUACCUCGAGUCUAUCUUCAGAUGGUGUUUUAACUAUCACGGCACCCAAAAAGGGAGAAACAUCUAGUGGAGACGAACGAAUCAUUGAAAUCGUGAAAACUGGAGAACCAGCGGGUAAAUCGAUCAAAGUAGAAACGACUACAGAAGAAAAAUAAUAUGUAUUAUCUCCGAAAUUUAUUAAUCGAAUCUUUAUUUAAUUUAAAUAUGAUGCUUAUUAUUAUUGAUAUUUCAUAUUUCCGUAAUUUAAAUAUUUUAUAU